AUGUCCACUUGGCAUGUGCCGAAACCCUCCCCGUCGCCAGUGCCAACACCCUCCCCAUUGCCAGUGCCAACACCCUCCCCGUCGCCAGUGCCAACACCCUCCCCGUCGCCAGUGCCAACACCCUCCCCAUUGCCAGUGCCAACACCCUCCCCGUCGCCAGUGCCAACACCCUCCCCGUCGCCAGUGCCAACGCCCUCCCCGUCGCCAGUGCCAACACCCUCCCCGUCGCCAGUGCCAACACCCUCCCCAUCGCCAGUGCCAACACCCUCCCCAUCGCCAGUGCCAACACCCUCCCCGUCGCCAGUGCCAACACCCUCCCCAUCGCCAGUGCCAAACCCCUCUCCACCUCCUCCAACGUCAUCUCCCAGUGAGCCUACAGCCUCUCUCUCCCAAACUGGAGGCGGUUUAUCCAGCGGAGCCAUUGCUGGCAUUGCUGCUGCUGGCACUGUGGCUGUCCUCGUGAACGAGAUGGCAAGCAAGCACCAUCCGCAUCUUGUGCGUCUGUUGGGCUAUUGCAUCGACAUUGACCUCUCCACACGACUCAUGGAGCAGAUCCUCGUUUACGAGUUCAUGCCCAACCACGACCUUGAGAGCUGGAUUGGUUCUGGUGUCUCCCAUCCUCUUUCGCUUCGUCAAAGGCUUGACGUUCUGAUUGGAGUGGCAAAGGGGUUGCAGUAUCUUCAUGACUUCGGCAUUGUGCAUCGCGACAUCAAACCUGCCAACAUUCUCCUUGAUGCAAAGAUGCAGGCCAAGAUUGCAGACUUUGGGCUUGUGAAGCUUAGUGGGGGCACUGCUAUGGGCACGUCUGUGGCUGCCACACGAGUGAUGGGAACACCGGGCUAUGUGGACCCUGCGUAUUUCAAGUCUCAUAAGGCCACUCCAGCAGCAGAUGUGCACAGUUUUGGCAUGGUGACGCUGGUGGUUAUCACGGCGCGCAAGGCUGUGCAUGUAACACAGGAAAACCAGAUCAAUCUCAAACAAUGGGUGGCCCCGUUGGUGGACUCCGGUGCUGUAUUGGCAUUCAAGGACCCUCACUUGGACGCACCAGAUGACUUGGUGCUGCGCUGGGCUCGCCUUGCCCUCUCCUGCACGGCCAUGCCUGUAGCCUCCCGCCCCUCCAUGAAUCAAGUGCUUUGGGAGCUGGUGAAGUUGAAGGAGGAGGCAUCCGGAGCACAUGAGGGCCAUGUGGGCGAGGCCAAAUCUCGCAUUGACAUGGAGCUUGGGAGCUCCAUUGGCUCCUCCAGCUUCACUGCUGAAAUGGCCCGUGCGGAGCGCGAGGGGGGCAUGCCAAGUGGCUCUUCCACGUAA